GGCUUCUCGCCCGCCGCCCCUCCCCCCGGCGCGCCGGCCUUGCCGAGCCGGCCGGCCGGCCUGGCUCCCCUCCCCGGCCCCGACGGGCGGGCGGGCUGCCCUGAGGAGGCGGGGAGGGGAGGGCUGGGCCGGCCGGCGGGUGGGCGACGAUGCCGAACUUCUGCGCUGCCCCCAACUGCACGAGGAAGAGUACGCAGUCGGACCUGGCCUUUUUCAGGUUCCCGCGGGAUCCGGCCAGAUGCCAGAAGUGGGUGGAGAAUUGUAGGAGAGCAGACUUAGAAGAUAAAACACCUGAUCAACUAAAUAAACAUUAUCGAUUAUGUGCCAAACACUUUGAGACCUCUAUGAUCUGUAGAACUAGUCCUUAUAGGACAGUUCUUCGAGAUAAUGCAAUACCAACAAUAUUUGAUCUUACCAGUCAUUUGAACAAUCCACAUAGUAGACACAGAAAACGAAUAAAAGAAUUGAGUGAAGAUGAAAUCAGGACACUGAAACAGAAAAAAAUUGAUGAAACUUCUGAACAGGAACCAAAACAUAAAGAAAUAAAUAACAGCAAUGCUCAGAAUCCCAGUGCAGAAGAAGGGGGUGAAGAACAGGAUGAAGACAUUUUACCUUUAACCCUUGAAGAGAAAGAAAACAAAGAAUACUUAAAAUCUUUAUUUGAAAUUUUGAUUCUUAUGGGAAAACAAAACAUCCCUCUGGAUGGGCACGAAACUGAUGAAAUCCCAGAGGGUCUGUUUACUCCGGAUAACUUCCAAGCACUGCUGGAGUGCCGGAUAAAUUCUGGCGAAGAGGUUCUGAGAAAGCGCUUUGAGACAACAGCAGUUAACACAUUGUUCUGCUCGAAAACACAGCAGAAACAGAUGCUAGACAUCUGUGAGAGCUGCAUUCGGGAGGAGACCCUCAGGGAAGUGAGAGACUCCCACUUCUUUUCCAUCAUCACUGAUGACGUAGUGGACAUAGCAGGGGAAGAACACUUGCCUGUGUUGGUGAGGUUUGUUGAUGAAUCUCAUAACCUGAGAGAGGAAUUUGUGGGCUUCUUGCCUUAUGAAGCUGAUGCAGAAAUUUUGGCUGUAAAAUUUCACACUACGAUAACUGAGAAGUGGGGGUUAAACAUGGAGUAUUGUCGUGGCCAGGCUUACAUUGUGUCCAGUGGAUUUUCUUCCAAAAUGAAAGUCGUUGCUUCUAGACUUUUAGAGAAAUAUCCCCAAGCUGUCUACACACUUUGCUCUUCCUGUGCCUUAAAUAUAUGGUUGGCAAAAUCAGUGCCUGUUGUGGGAGUAUCUGUUGCGUUAGGAACAAUUGAGGAAGUUUGUUCUUUCUUCCAUCGAUCUCCACAAUUGCUUUUGGAGCUUGACAAUGUAAUUUCUGUCCUCUUUCAGAACAAUGAGGAAAAGGGUAAAGAACUGAAGGAAAUCUGCCAUUCUCAGUGGACAGGCAGGCAUGAUACUUUUGAAAUUUUAGUGGACCUCCUACAAGCACUUGUUUUAUGUUUAGAUGGUAUAAAUAGUGAUACAAAUAUUAGAUGGAAUAACUAUAUAGCUGGUCGAGCUUUUGUACUCUGUAGUGCAAUAACAGAUUUUGAUUUCAUCGUUACCAUUGUUGUUCUUAAAAAUGUUCUAUCUUUUACAAGAGCCUUUGGGAAAAACCUUCAAGGGCAAACCUCUGAUGUCUUCUUUGCAGCCAGUAGCUUGACUGCAGUGCUGCAUUCACUAAAUGAAGUGAUGGAAAAUAUUGAAGUUUAUCAUGAAUUUUGGUUCGAAGAAGCCACAAAUUUGGCAACUAAGCUUGAUGUUCAGAUGAAACUCCCUGGGAAAUUCCGCAGAGCCCAGCAAGGUAACCUGGAAUCUCAGCUCACUUCUGAGAGUUACUAUAAAGAAACUCUAAGUGUUCCAACAGUGGAACACAUUAUUCAGGAACUGAAAGAUAUAUUCUCAGAACAGCACCUCAAAGCUCUUAAAUGCUUAUCUCUUGUACCCUCUGUCAUGGGACAGCUCAAAUUUAAUACAUCGGAGGAGCACCAUGCUGACAUGUACAGAAGUGACUUGCCCAAUCCCGACACACUCUCAGCUGAGCUGCAUUGCUGGAGAAUCAAAUGGAAACACAGAGGGAAAGAUAUAGAGCUUCCAUCCACCAUUUAUGAAGCCCUGCAUCUACCAGACAUCAAGUUUUUUCCUAAUGUUUAUGCAUUGCUAAAAGUCCUAUGUAUUCUUCCUGUGAUGAAGGUUGAGAAUGAACGCUAUGAAAAUGGGCGAAAGCGUCUCAAAGCAUACCUGAGGAACACUUUGACAGACCAAAGGUCAAGUAACUUGGCUUUGCUUAACAUAAAUUUUGAUAUAAAACAUGAUCUGGAUUUAAUGGUGGACACGUAUAUCAAACUCUAUACAACUAAGUCAGAGCUUCCUACAGAUAACUCAGAAACCAUUGAAAAUACCUAAAAGACUUUUAAAGUAGGCUUUCUCUUACGUUUGAUAUUUGGAAAAAUCUGUAAGAAAUUUGAAAACAUCUUACAGAAAAGCUGUCAGGUGUAUGUAGGCCACUUAAUCACUGAAUAUCUUGACCUGUCGACCUCUCAUUGAGUACAUUAGCCAUUGAUAAUCUGCCAGUUUAAAUGGCCCCUGUUUAAACUCUCAUGCUUUGGAGACAUACCUGUUCCAGAAGAUAGCAUUGAAAGUGCCACAUUACACUUCUGUGGGAUCUCUGCUAAUGGCACUUGGGAAUUGUUUUAGUUAAGUCAUUUUAGAUAAAGCAUUUAUUGUCACUGGAUCCAAUUGUCUGGUAUUGAGUUAUCAGUUCUUAGAAGAUAAAGAUUUUGAAGAGGUAUGGGAGGAAGGAGUACAUUUUAUAAAAUGUUACAAUGAAGCUCAGAGUGACCUUUGAAUAGUAGGAGUGUUAGUAUGUUAAAAAUCUGUAAUGGACAGUUAAGGGAGUUACCAGACAGAGACAGAGAGAGAGAAACACGUGAGCUUGCCAGGCAAGGAUUGCAGUAGAGAUUUUGUCUUUAUCAAAUAAACUUAAAGGAACAAGUUACAGUUAAAGUUUGAAUGGGAGAGCCUGCCAUUGUUGUUCCACAUUGGAUUGUUGCUGUUUACAUUCCUUUGUUGAGCCUACAUCUUCAUAAGCUCUUUAGCAAGUGUAUGUAGAACACCUACGUCUUCAUAAGCUUUUUAGCAGGUAUAUGUUGAACACCUCUCUGUUCAUGGUCAAGACAGGAUUAGAGGCCAUGGAUACUGACAACUGAUUUGUCUGCUCUUUUUCCAUGACUAUAUCUACUGCCUCGUCUUGAUUUAUAAACAAAACCUGGAAAACCUACAAAAGUAAGUGUUUUGUGGUUUAUCUAGGAAUAAUACAGAAAAUAUUGCUGUUAUUUUUGGUGAAGAAAAUCAAUUUUGUAUAGUUUAUUUCAACCUAAAUAAAAUGUGAAUUUUGUUUAAAGUUCAGGUACAUUAUUUUUGGUGGGGAACAAAAUGGAUUCUUGUGGUAAAUUCUUUUUUCAAAAAUAUCACCUUCACAAUUGAAGAUGGCUUUUUGGGGGCUUUUUUUGGGGGGGGGUGGCAUAUGUUUUACUACUUGGGGUAUAUAAAAGACAUUUUAAUUAAGAAAUUUCUAAAUAAGGUUUAUCUAACUGAUGUGUUUUAAUAUUAUGUGCUGUAUGACCCCGUUACAAAUUUUCAAGGUUUGUGUAAUUGUUGAUAGCUAAAAUGUAAACGAAUUAAUAUAAUUGCCAAGAUGUCAUUGAAUUAUUUUAUGUUGGGAUAUGUUAGUGUUACUUGAGUUUCAGAAAACAGGAUGGGGUGCAUUUAUAGAGUGCAGGUCUUAAUGAUAGCUGGCAGUGCAUUUCCCUGUCAGGGACAAGGCUGGCCGAUGUGUCAGAUCAGGACACAUUACUCAUUCAUGUUAUGAAAAAGAUAACAGAGUUUAUCUUAUAGCCAGAGCUCUAAGAGGUGCCUCUGUCUUUGGCAGAAAGAACUGAUCAGAUUCAUGCUGACAGGAUGACAAUAAAGGAGACAGGGCUGGCCUUUUAAUACCUGCUUCUAGUUUUUAGGACACUUAAGAGUGGUGUGAUCUUGGGCCCCUGGGUGGGGCUCAGUCGGCUGGGCGAUCUGAGUUGGGCAUUGGACUCUUGAUCUCAGCUCAGGUCUUGAUCUCAGGGGUGUGAAUUCAAGGCCUGCAUUGGGGGGGGGGGAGUGGUGUGAUGUUGGUAGAAUAUUUGACCUGGUUGUGUUUCCUCAGCUAUAAAAAAAAAACACAGGUUGCACUAUGAAGAGUAGAUACUUUAUCAUCAAUUACCUAUGACUGCUUAACAACAUCCCAGAACUUAGUGGCUUAAAAAAAGUUUAUCAUUUCUCAGUUUUGUGGCUUGGUUGAAUGGUUCUUUUGCUAGUGUCAUAUGGGCACUCUGCAUUCAGCUGGCCGACUGGCUGGGGGCGGAGUGGAACAGCUGGGCCUCUCCAUGUGGUCUUUUUGUCUUGGGCUUAGGGCAUAAUGGUCUCGGAGUACCAAGAAGGCAGAGGCAGUAGCUUCAAGGCCUGAGCUCAAGAACUCACAGACCAUCACUUUCACCACAUUGUUUUGGUCAAAGCAAGUCAUAGGCUGGCCCAGAUACAAGGGAUGAGGAAACAGAAUCCUCAUCUUGAUGAGAGGAGCUGCAGAAUACAGCCCUGUUUGCUGUUCACCAUAAUAAUGUAUGCAAAACAGUCCUGCAACUAGCAUUGGGUAAGCUUUUAAGAUGCCCAUCAUUUGUUUUUAUAAUCUGUGUCUGUUCUCUAAAUUGGUAAUUUAUUGAAAACCCCCAAACCUUAACUUAUUAAGGCAUUUUCACAAACUGAUGUUUGAAGAUAGAUUGAGUCGUUGGUGGUCUCCCCACACAUGAAACAAAUUGUCGCUUUUGCAAGAUUAGAUAGAAAGUAGUAGGCGUUGUGACUGUUUAUUCCACAAAUAUUAGAUGAACGCCUACUGUGUGCCAGGUUUAAGUGCUGGCACUAGCAGGUGCACUUUCUUACUAGAGCUUAAAGUCUUGAGUUGGCCCUUGGACUACAAUUGUACUUACUUGUAACUACACAUACACACACUUGGUAGAGUUAAGUGAAUCAAAUUUACUAAAAUUAAAAAGACAUAUAGGGUAUCUAUAAAAGCCUAUGCAGUUUAAAAAAAAAUUCUAUCUUAAAUCUAAACAGUUUGUGAAAUAUACUAGAAAAUAGAUUUAAGACUUAGCAAAUCUAACUGGAGAAAGGUUUGCUUUUGACAUAUCCACUCUCAUUUUUGGGAAAGGAAAGUUACACAGUUGAAGCCUAACAUAGGAUUUGUUACCUGAAAAAUAAAUGAGAACAAAUGCUUAUAAGUAAUUUUGUAUAAUUUAUAUUUAAUUCCUAACAAAAACCCUGAGGUAAAUAGUAAGUGAUUGAGUUGAAAGAGACCCCUCUUGAGGUGAGUUCCUCUUCAGUAACUUAAUUGGAUCUGGUUUUUAUUUCGUUUUAGGGACAGCGACUUUUAAAAUGCCAUUUAAAGUGAGUGAUUCAGGGUGGGAGGAUGGGUUAGCCUGGUGAUGGGUAUUAAAGAGGGCACGUACUGCAUGGAGCACUGGGUGUUAUACGCAAACAAUGAAUCAUGGAACACUACAUCAAAAACUAAUGAUGUAAUGUAUGGUGAUUAACAUAACAUAAUAAAAAUAAAGUGAGUGAUUCAUAAAACAGGAAAAUUGUACUUGCAGUGUUUAUUAAUAUUUAUAUGUUACUUUAGAGUUUACAGAGCACUUUGAAUAUAUCAUUCAAGUUCUCUGAAAAACUCAAGCCACUAUUAUCCCCAUUUUUCAGUUGAGAAUCGAGCUCACAGAGGUAAAUGAAUUGCUCCAAAUUAUAUAGCUAGUAAGUGCCAGAGCCAGGUACUUCAGUCCUUCGAUCUUAAAAUUGAUUAUGAAAGCCACUUCAUUCUUAUGGUUUAUAAAAGAAAUAUUUGCUUUAAGAAUAGGCUCCUUUUAUGUUCCUGCUUUAUCCAUUGCCAGCUUUCAGCACAGCAUCUCUAGAAUGUGCUCAUUAUAGUCGAUGUGGAUUCUUUGGGGGGAAAAAAAAAGUCUGAGACUUCACAAACUGGGUGUAGAAAUGCUGCCACCUUUGUUUGGCUGCCAAGACACUACCACAAAGGACUGUAGAUCCAGGUCCAUUUUAUUUCACGAGAGUGGGUGCAGCUGUCUUCUUGCUGUAAUCAAAUGCUUCCUCUGUAGCCAGCUUUUUGUGGCCAGAAAAAGCAAAGUAAUUUUUAGUACAGAUUAGCAUAAAAAUCUCUACUAGAUCGGUUUCAGGAAACAAUUACUAGCUUAGAAACAAUAAGUGAUCUAUAGGUUGGUUAAAAUGGCAGUUAAUUUCCAGAGUUUAAAAUGCCCUUUAUUUCUAGCUGUAAAUACUAUAUAAAUAGAAUACACUACCUGCCACUGUAUUUGGGUUCAUAAAUUAUUUGGACAGGGUGAACAACAGACUUCAAAACUAAGUAGAGGUAGUAAAUCUGCCCUUUUUAAUGAGUUCGAAUUUAUACUAGUAGUUUAAACAUCUGGAAGUUUAAAGUCCUAAUUCAUUCCAAAUGUUCAACAAGGAUAUAUUGCAAAGAGGAUAUUGUAAUUGGAGGAUCAAGAAAACUAUUGACUCAAUCUGAAGCCUUCCUGAUUUUCUGUAUAUACAUUAAUCACUUAAAACUUGAGAGGCUGACAGUUCAAAAACAGUAGAGAUGGACCCAGAUAUCUAAGUUGGCAUGCUUAUAGAAGAGUAACUUUAAAAGAGGGCAUAGUUACAACAAGGGUAAGGUUUAAGUGCUGUUAACAUAGCUAAGAUACAGCCAGAUAGGGCUGCUAUGUUCUGUGCUUAUGGGUAUGUGGUGGGUUUUUUAUAAUUGUCCUUAAAACUGGACUGAGGGGAGUCAAACCUUGUGACUUAGAAACUGUAAUUUUGAUUAAUGGAUCUUGUAGUCCAAGAAUCUGGUCUGCAGCCAGCACCCAGCAUGAGACCAAGCAUUCAUUUAGUGCACACUUACUGAGUCCCUACUGGAUGUUUGUUAGGUGUUGGUUUGAUUUUCCUACGGCAAAAACAGUUGUGGUAGCAGGAGGAGUGCUCAUCAUUGUUUGUGGUAGCUGCUGCAAAUAAUGCUCACUGCAUGCGAGGUGCUGUGCUAAUGCACUUUACCUGGAUUGUCUUGUUUAAAAUUACCCACCCUGUGAAAAAGAUAGUAUCUCCCCUUUUUUUCAAGUGAAAACCUAAGAAUUAGAAGGUCAUCAGCUAGUUAAAGUUGGAACCAGGAUUUUAGCAUGAGGUAAAGAUUUAUGAAUCUAAUUUGUUGUCCCUUGUAUUUGCUUUUCAUGCUAAUUUCAAAUACUGUCUUGAAUGCCUGUAGUGGUCAAUCUGUUUAGCCCCAGGCAUGAGGCUAGGUGUCAUGGAUAUAAAGAUGAAUGAGGUGGAGCCCAUGCCAUGGAUGCCAGGGUAAAUAAUGUUGAGCCCCAUACUUUAGUGAGCUGAGUCACAUGGGGAAGCCAGACCUGCAAGUCAGGAUCUGCCAGGAACUGGGCUAGAGGUAGAGUAUCGGUAUAAGAUCCUCCCAACCGGGGCACUUUUGAGCGUAUAAGGAAGUCCUUUUACUAGUUAUGCCAGAAUGGGGUGCUUGGGUGGCUCAGUAGGUUAAGCGUCUGCCUUCAGCUCAGGUCAUGAUCCCAGGGUCCUGGGAUCGAGUCCCGCAUCGGGCUCCCUGCUCAGCAGGAGCCUGCUUCUCCCUCUGCCUCUCCCUCUCUGUCUCUUAUGAAUAAAUAAAAUCUUUAAAAAAAAAUAGUUAUGCCAGAGUAACAUAAACCGGGACUAUCCAGAGCAAACCAGGACUUACGGUCACCCUCGCUAGAGGAAAACCCAUGGUGUGAGUGGAGCAGACUCAAGGAGGUGACGCCCCAGGUACACUUGUCUCCAAUCACCCUUCCACCCUUGUCGCUGUUUGCCUUCCAGACCUCAGCUUGGUUGUCACUUUUCUGGAGGUUCUCCGUCCUUGAAAUCUGAGUCAAGUGGCCCUUACAAAUGUGCUCCUUGCCUGGCUCUUCGUUAGAUGUUAUGCAGUUCAUCUAUGAAUUUUUUCAAAUUGUCACAAAUCUUCAAAAAAUUUUCCAACAUAUUUAUUGAAAAAAAUUCACAUGUAGGUGGACCCAUGCAGUUCAAACCUGUGCUGUUCAAGGGUCAACCGUAAUGUUACUCAUUUCCCUCCAAAACAGUAGAUGAUCAUUGUGAUAUUCAGUAUCCUAUUUAAAGUUUUCAAGAUAACCUAAGAUAGGAUAUUUCUUCCUCUAACCACUAUUACACAUACUAAACUGUAAAAUCUACAUGACAGGAGAGUUUUAGAGUCAGAAGAAGUUUUGGAAACUCUGUAGACAACCCCUCAUUUCACAGAGGACUGGACAGGACAUCUUGCUCAGGAUGAUGCCACUUGGUGCUGGCAGAGGCCAAGGGAGAACGGAAGAGUCCUGACACUGUUGUGCUCUGUUGUACCACAGAGACAUAACCGAAGAUGGAAAGCCCGAAGGAAUCAUUUCUUGGCAGGGGAGAAGAAGAACGUUGGUGCCACAUGGGGUGGUUGUGAGGAUUUCUAGGACUGAAUGUGGGUAGAGAACUUCCAGCGGAGACUGGCUUCUAGGAGACACCCAGUGAGCGUCAGAUGUUAAGGAACUGAAUCAGCAUUCGGUGAGUAUCCCUGGUGACCAGUACUAGGACCUCAGAUAAGCGAGUUAACUCCUUGUGCCUCAGUUUCUCCAUCUGUUAAAAAAAUGUGGAGAUCAAAUGAAAUCAAGACUAUGAGAGCACACUGGGAACAGUGGAAAAUUUUACAAAUACAUUUGUGUCGUUAUUAUCGCCUCAAACUCCAGUAAGACAAUGUCCUGGGGUGAAGCGGUGAGCUCUCCUGGGCCGGGCUGUAACAAGAAAGGAGAGGAGGUGCCCAGAGCAGUACGUUGCAGGCCCAGCAAUGGACUGCACCUUAAGUACAUCCUCAGCUAUGAGUCCAGGAAGUUGCCUUUAUGGCAUAGUUAUGUGCAAACUGAGCCCCGGCCCCACAUACCACUUUCCCCGGAGGAGUGCUUGGCGAAUCAGCAUGCAUGCCUGCGCGGCAGGCCCCAAACUCAGGGAAAACAACAGCUCAGAUGGAAAGAAAGUCCUGCAAACCCUUCGCCAGGGAUCUGUUCCUGCUCUGCCUGUGUCUUCUCUGGCACUUAGAUGAAGGAACUGGAUUGCUGGCCUGGACUCCAAGGUCUGCCUGCACUCUAACUCCAACCAUACAGGACUGAGUGAGGAUUAUUGUCUUUAACAAUUAUAUCAGCAAAUGAUUAUUUAGCAGAAUUGUAUCAAACAAUUUGUAUAAAUAAACUCAUGUAAUUCUCAAAACAACCUUGUGAAACAUUGAGUAUAAUGUCCAUAUUACUGAUGAUACAUCACUGAGGCUCAGAGACAUUAAGUGACUUGCCCAAGAAUGCAUAGAGCCAGGUCCGCACCGCUGUUAACUAACAUACUGCAGUACCCCAAGCCAGAACGUGCAAAGGGCCUGGAAAACAUGAGGCACUUAAUUCAUUGAGUUUAAUGAAUGAGUGACCAGAGGCAAAUCACAAAGUGGCUUGUCCUUUCUCCAGCUCUAUCCAUCCCUGCCUCUUGUCACCUCAUCCCCUCUCCUUGCCCUGCUCACUUUGGCUGAGAGCUUGGCACCCUCUGGGCAGUAAGUAAAAUUGUUCUUUCAGGGAACUUCACUGGCAGCGGCAGAAACUAGCCUUUCCCACUAUUCCAUCUGGUGAGCCCACUCUGUGCCAAGCCUGGAGGGCUUGGAAACACAGAGCUGAGUCAUCUUUAGCACCUGAUCUGAGGGGGGGCCCACAUGUGUGGGAGGUCAGUGGGGCCAGAGGGAGACCAAUGAGAAUACCAGCUAGUUACAAGCAGAAAGAUAAAGCAACCCUUGAAGGGGAAAGGCUCAGGGAAGCCUUCCCUGGAGGUGAGGCUGCUUUGAAAUUUGCAUUCCUAUCUUUGGCAUAGAUUGGGCCACAGCUGCCUUGCCAUCCAUCCCAGUUUAUCCUCCGUUCAGUGUCCCGGCACCACACAAUUGAAAACUAAGAAAUAGUCUCUCUAGCAGUUCAGAAUCCGCACUGGGGAAGGAGGGAGAAAGAAACUGCUGCUAAGUACCUCCUCUGCCAGUGGCCUUCAUCUACUCUACUUAAUACUCUUAAGUAGCCACUGAGGUAGACACACCUGUUGUAGAGGUGGGGAAAACGAACUUCAAAGAGGUUAGGUAAUUUGCUGAAGGUUCCAGAGGAAAUCGCUUAUAGGGAUAAACAAGUCAACUGGCCUCUUCCCAUUUUGGGAUCCCUGUGCAGGUCCACCCUCAUAUAGCCUCUGAGAGGGGCAGCGUUGGGGUGUCCAGUGGGCUGUAGAGUCUGGGUGGGGAGGGAGGAUAGCUCAGUUUAUGCAGAUCCCCACGAGGUUCUUUGGUCAAAACAACUCAAGGGAGUGCCCACCUUCCCUGGAGUGCCUAUGGGGACAGUCUAAAAGGCAAGGGCACACAAUGUGCCAAGAUACCUGAAGAUCCAUAUCCAGAGGUGGGCAUUUUUCUCAGUGGGGCUUGGGACAGGGAUAAGAGCCUGACGAAGAGGCUUAGGAGAGAGGGAUGUCUCCCUCAUCCCCGGGACUGUCCAAGAUUGGGCCAGUAAGCUGCUUUGGGACCCUCGGCCCGACCUACAUGUGGGAAGUUCUGCCUGCACCACCCGUAAUGAACAGAAUUGUGGACACAGGUGUCACCAUCUACUGCAUCGCCCACUCUUAACCCAAGCACAGUCACCCCCAUUAAUGUAAUCUUCCAGCCUCUAUCCCUCCCUUGGACCUUCCUCUAUUGCACUCAGUGAUUCCUUUCCUUCAAUAAUGGUCUGGGGACACUUGUCAGGCACCUUUAGAAUUUUGCCAGGAUCCAAGAAGCCUUCAUCAUGGUGCAGAAAGUGUUAAGACCCAAGCCUUGAUGGAUGAGUUGGAACUUUGGCUGGUGGAAAUGGGUUAAAACAAAAAGCAGUCAAAUGGAAGGGAUGGUGUGAGCAAAGACAGAGAAGUAGUAAGUACUUCUUACUUACUACUAGGCAUAGAUUGGGCCACAGCUCACACUAGGAGUGUGAGCAAUAAUUUGUCAUCCACUUAGGCAGACAGUGUUUCCUAAGACUAUCUGACCACGGAGCAUCUCACAAGAUGAGUGACCUGAGGAGUGCACUUCAAGAAAGGCUGCAGCAGAGAGAGAGAGAGAGAGAGAGAGAGUGUGUGUGUGUGUGUGUGAGCAUGCACACGCAUAUGGCAGAGAAUAGAACAGUGAGUGCAGUGGGAUCUGUGCUUGCUCCUGGAGGUGGUGAUUCUCAGCAUCUCUCCUGCAGAAUACUGGCCCGCAGAGGUUCUCUGUGGUCCUGCAAUAAGCAUGGGAAGUGCCACCUACAGUGUCCUCCUCGGGGUUCAUGGAUUCGUGGAUUCUUGAGGCACAAUAGCAUUUUGAAGGCCACUCCGCCACCCCAACCAGUCCUGCAGCAAAAACACUUUAACUUUGCUUAACCCUGCAUGGACCACAUUUACUUCACCAUGAAUCCCUUUGUUUCAGGGAACAUCUUUAUUUGGGGGACUAGGGAGCUAUUUUUUUUUUUUUUUUUAAUGUUAACAUGUACUUAUGGUAUGAAUACCUUUCAAACAGAGCAAUGGGGUAUGCCUUGAAAAGUUUUCUUUUCAGCCUUGGCUCCCGUAGACUCCUAGUUUUCUUCUUCCACAGGGUAGCUCUUCUGUAUCUUUCCAGAGAAUCCUCGGGUACACAGGAUGGAUGUGUAUAUUUUCUUUUCAAAAUGCACAUGGAGGAAACUGAUAAGCACAUCCCCUCUGCAGGCGUAUUCCAUCCUAGGGCUAUGAGAUAUGUGUUUAGGCAUUCCUUUGGUGAUGGCAUCAAAGUCAUUUCUAGUCUUUUGUUCAUCUGAACUAGGGGUUGGUAAACUAUGGCUUGCUGGCUAAAUCCAUCCCACUAGUUCCUCUCUUUUUUAGCAGUGAACCCCUAUGGUCCUCAAGCUAAAGUUGUCACUGUCUGGUCCUUAAUAUCUCCAAACAAUGCUGUCAUGAAUAUCCUUACCCAUUAUUGCAAACAUGUGCAAGCAGAUCUCUCAUAAAUAUAUCCUAUUUGGUCUAAGCCAAUCUGAGGGGCAUAGCUCACUGUUUAGUUGAUUUUUCUUUUGUUUUGAGUGAGGUUAAGUAUCUUUUUGCAGACAUAAAAAUGUUUAUUUUUCUUUUUGUAAAUUUUAUUUCUUCCUACUUGGAUAAAGAACAUGAACAAAGGUAUUUUUCUUAUUGCUUUAUAAAAAUAUUAAAGGAAUUAGUAUUUUGUCUGUCUUGUGUAUAAAUUUUCCUCCAUUUGUCAUUUGUCUGACUUUGUUUUUUUUUAAGAUUUAUUUACUUAUUUUAGAGAGAGAGCAUGAGCAGUGGGGAGAGGGCAGAGGGAGAGGGAGAGAAAUCCUCAAGCAGACUCACCGCUGAGCACAGAGCCUGAGGUUGGGCUCGAUCUCAUGACCAUGAUCUGAGCUGAAAUCAAGAGUCUGAUGCUUAACCAACUGAGCUACCCAAGAGCCCCUAUGGUUUUUGUUUUGUUUGUUUGUUUGUUUCCAUGCAGAAAUGUUCUCAGUGAAGUGAAGGUGAGUUCAGGUGCUGACAGCACAGGGGGUGGGAGGACCUCACCCAAGCAGGCAGUUCUCGUUCACGGAGCCCCUGUUUUGUUCCAGGUUCUGGCCAGGCACUGGGAGUCCAAUGGUGAACAAGAUAGGCAGAGGCUCUGCACGGUGGUGAUGAUGGGAGAGUAGGACAGUGCUCAGCGAGAAUGUCACAGGAUACCUCCCUCAGUUGGACUAAGGAAUGAGGGGGACUACCCAGGGGUCCAGGAGGCAGGAGGAGUUCUGAGCAAUGAUUCAUAUAAGGCUAGACCUCAGAGAGAUGGCAGUUUCAGAGUUCAGGUUCCUGGAUCCCAAGCCGUUCUGGGUGGUGAUGAGGCACCUCGCUGUUGGGGGGCAAGGCAAGAACAAGAGUCCAGGGAGUCUCCUCAAAUUCCUGAGUGGACAGAAAAUUGCCCUAUCAGGGCCUGCCCAAAGUAGGAGUUUUGUCUCUUCGUAUAGAGGAGGAAAGUUACUCUCAGGGCUAAGCCACAGCCAGUAAAGACUAAACCAAAGUCUGAGUGCUUAGGACUGGUUGGAGCAGUGGGGAAAUGUUGCUCUAGGAGCAGCAGAGGAUGGGAGGAAAAUGCUGACCUCUCCUGGAAUGAAGUCCUCUCUCUGCUCAUCCACAGUCCUGGCCUUGUUCACACCUCUGCAGAAGAAUCAAAGGGACAGUGAACCACAUGUGCAAGACAGGGUGGCAGCUAGAUAGGGGAAGAUGAGGCAGGAGGGAGAAGAGAUGAGAGGGGCUGACUCUCAGGCCUUGAAUGCCAGGCUAAGGUGGUUAGAGGCUGAUGGAGGUGAUGAGGGCCAGGAAGCCUGCGAGCUGCUUUCCUGCCUGGAGCCCCACUCCCCGGGCUCCUUGUAGGCAAUGACAAGGAAGAGGGAGGGAGCUGUGGGGAGAGCCAAGAGCUCACAAAGGUUCCGCUGUGCUUGGCCAGGGCUUCCACCCGAGCCUGCUUGCCUGUUUGCUUGCUCUGAGGGAAGGAUCUGAUUCAGAAAGGUGGUUGUCCAGGGCUCAGGCCAGGCCUGCCGGCUGCCAGCCCAGCACAACACCCCCACUCUAAGCUCCCCAUCCUGGGGCCUCCUCAUUCCUCUUUCUUUUGGUUCUCCCUGUCAGACCCCAGUAAAAUUCCACAGCCUUGAACUGAAAAUGUACUCAAUGCUGGGGCCCAGUGCUCACCGAGGACCUGGGGGAGGGGAUGCACAUGCACAGGAUGGUCCAGUGGGCACCUCAUAGAGAGAGAGACACAUGAAAGCUGCCCUGCACUGAGAACCUACUAUAUGCCAAGCACUGGGCAUUUGUAGGGUUCCUAUUUAAUCCUCCCAACCACCCAGCAAGGUAGGUAUCAUUAUUUCCAUUUUACAGAUAAGAAAGUCCCAGAAAGGCUAAGUGACGAUUGUGAGUUAAUAACAGGGCUAGAAUUCUAACUCAGAUCAGCCCUGCCUGUGCAUCUAAUCUCUACUUAAACCCUGCAGUGCUUUGUGCAGGAAAUGGCCGUGUCUUGCAUGUGUCUGGCGCAGAGUAGGUUUCCAUGAAAGUUGCCUUUAUCAUGUACUUUCUCUGCUGGACCUUGUGAACCUCAUGGCAAUUCUUCAGGUCAGUAACCUUCCUCUAAAUUUAAUGAUGGAAGCUCAGAGAAGCUGAGCAACUGCUCAAGGUCACAUAGCUUGCAGCAGAGGAUGAGAGAAGUUGGGGGACAUUAGAAGGAAGUAAGUGGGGUGGAGGAAGCUAGCCCAAGUAAUGACAGGGAUUUUCAAGAUGCUCAGGGUGCCAGCUGAAGAUGGGGAGUAUCCCUGGGAGCUGAGCAGUAGUGCUGCUCAUGGGGUAUUCAGCCCUGACUCUCAGUGGGCUCUCACUCAUCAGAAGAGCAGUGCUCAGGCGCACCUGGGUGGCUCAGUCGGUUGAGCAUCCAACUCGGUUUCAGCUCAGGUCAUGAUCUCAGGGUCGUAAAAUUGAGCCCUGCAUCAGGCUCCAUGCUCAGCAGGAGUCUGCUUGAAAUUCUCCCUCUCCCUCUGCCCUCCCCACCACCAAAAUAAAUAAAUAAAUAAAUAAAUAAAUAAAUAAAUAAAUAAAUAAAUAAAUAAAUAAAUAAAUAAAUCUUUAAUAAAAA